GCCAACAACUCCUCUCCUCCGAAAACCAACAAAAAGACAAACAAAACAAAACAAUCAAACAAAAACCGAUACCCCUUUUUCCUUCAACAAAGAACUUUCCUUCCUCAUUUCAUUCAUUUCUUAGAACAAAAUUAAAUAAAAUGGGUAAUCGUUUUAUAUGCAUGACAAAAAAAGAGUCCAAAGAUGUUGUUGGAUCAAGAAGCAAGAGAAUGAAUAGUAGUAGUAGUAGAUCACAGAGGAAAUUAGUAACUGAAGAAGAAUUGCAUCUUCAAGCAUUAUCUAUGGCACUUCAACAACAUCAAUUGUCUCAAAGGUUUGAAGGUUCUAUGUCUAGAAGAAUUGGUGCUUCAACUAGCUCUAGAAGACGCACUUUACCUGAAUCUCUCUCACUCAACAAACAGGAUCCAGAAUUUCUGGUGAACAUUAAAACAAAGAAGUUUGUCUUGAUCCAUGGAGAAGGUUUCGGAGCAUGGUGUUGGUACAAGACUGUUGCCCUUCUAGAAGAAGUAGGACUGCAGCCUGUUGCCUUAGAUCUUACAGGAUCUGGAAUUGAUCUCACAGAUAGCAAUACUGUCACUACAUUAGCAGAAUAUUCAAAACCUUUAACUGAUUAUCUUGAAAACCUUCCCGAGGACGAAAAGGUUAUUCUUGUUGGUCAUAGCAUUGGUGGUGCUUGCAUUUCUUAUGCAUUGGAACACUAUCUACAUAAGAUCUCAAAAGCGAUUUUCCUUUGUGCUACAAUGAUGACCGAUGGCCAAAGGCCCUUUGAUGUUUUUGCUGAUCAGCUAGGAUCUGCUGAACAGUUUAUGCAAGAAUCAAAGUUUCUGAUCCAUGCUAAUGGUAAAGAAAAGCCCCCAACAGGAUUUAUGUUUGAGAAAGAGCAGAUGAAAGGCUUGUAUUUUAACCAAUCCCCGACAAAGGAUGUUGCUUUAGCCAUGGUUUCAAUGAGACAUAGCCCUAUCGGUCCAAUCAUGGAGAAGCUGUGUUUAUCUCCAGACAAAUAUGGCACUGCUCGCCGUUUCUACAUUCAAACGCUGGAUGAUCGCGCUCUCUCACCUGAUGUCCAAGAGAAGCUAGUAAGGGAAAAUCCACCUGAAGGAGUUUUCAAAAUCAAAGGCAGUGACCACUGUCCAUUCUUCUCCAAGCCACAAUCUCUCCACAAAAUUUUAGUGGAAAUAGCUCAAAUUCCGUAGCUUAAUGAUCAACAUUAUUUGUUUCAUUUAUUUUACUUUCAUUUUUCAUAUAAUCUUGAAAUAUAAUAGAGGAAGAGCAUGAUAUUAUUUAUUGCCUUUGAGACAAUGUAGUAUUCAACUAUUAAGAAAGAGACUUGUGUAAGCUUUUGUUUUGUUUUUGGUUCAUAUGUAUAGUAUAGUCAUAUUAACUUUUGUUUUUUCA